UGGACAACACCGGGCACGGAAAUUUUAUUCUAUGGGAUAGGGAAUGUAUUGAGAUUCUGGGGAAAACUUCUGCAUCCCUAAUGGCUGAGGUCGAAAAGAAAACAGGUGAUCCAACCCAUUUUCCAGAAGAUAUUGAAAGCUUGAUUGACAAAAAGGGAAUAUUCAAAAUACAGCUAAAGAAGAGAGGUGAAGAGAAUGCCUAUAAAGGUAGUGUUUCCCUUGGAGUUGUUAGUAUGAUUCGAGAUCCUAAUGUGCUGGCAAUGUAUGAAGGAAAUCAUGAGCAAUUGGUAUCAAAUGAAAGCCAUGAGUGUACUCCAGAGAAGAUUGGUUCAUGUUCAAACUUGGAAGGAAACGACAACUCGAUAAGAGAGAAGUCUUCUGUUACUAAGGGCAAGGGAAAACGGAUUUCAGCUGAGAAGGAGGUUACUGCCCCCAUUGAGCUCUCAGAUUCGCCUGUUGCUUCUACACAAAGAGAGGUGAUUGUUGAAUUGGAUGACGAGAUAAAAAGGAAUCUCAAUGAUGAGUUUUCAGGCAAUGGGAAUGGAAAGAAGCUGAAGAUUAAAAUCAAGCAGGAAAAACUGU